AUGAAGUUUUUGUCGGCCGUUGCCCUCCUGGGCCUCUCCUCUUCAGUCUCCGCGCUCGCAUGGCCCGGUUUCUUGCCAGAACUUGACAGUCUGGUGGUAAGGCAGAACAGUGAUGAAACGACCAACUCCCCGAAGCCAACAAACACACCCUCGAGCAAUGACAACAACAACGAAGAGGAGGAAGAGAAGACCACAACGGGCCCAGCCACACCACUCAGGACAAACCUCAACACAGCCGGCAUUUCGCAAUCGGGCAAGGCCACAGGCAGCGCAGCACCGAAUGGCACCACUUCCGGGAAGCCCCGCCAAACCGAAUUCAAUCCACAAGACCCAGCCGGCGCCGUCGUCAUGAUCACCCCUUCGGUUAUGGAAGGCUACCAGCUGUAUAAGAUUGGCGACUACAUCACCUGGGCCUGGAACUACACCAACCUGCAAGGAACUCCCACCGCCAUCGACGUGCUCGUUACCAACACCGUAGCCAAGCAGACGUGGACCCUCACCCAGAACAUGACGUUUCAGGAGCAAGGAAGUUACACUUGGGACACGGGCGCAUACGACCGGACAGCCGUGGCGUCUCCUCUGUUGGUGGAACAGUACACCCUCAUCAUCCACGAUUCUGACUCGGAGCCCACUGGCCCGGCACCUGCGGGCAUGCUUGCGCCCUUCAACAGCUUCAAAUUCGGAUUAUACACCCCCAAGGUCUAUACCCCCAUCAGCGACGGCUGGAAAUGCGCCUCUUGCAAUGGUGCGGGUGGCAUGUCGAUUGACAGCAAGGCCGUGGCUGCCGCGGGCGUGAUGAGUGUGAUCACAGUAUUGAGCUUCACGUGGUUCGUGGCUGGGUUUGGUGGGUUGAUGUAG